UACGGUUCAUGUUAUUUAAUCGACCCGUUGCUUCCGUGGCAACGUGUCGUGUGUAGAAACGCAUCCGAAAUUGCAGUACGUUGUCCUCAAGAUUGGAAACGAAGAAGCGUACAAGGUGACGGGCUAGGGGUGACCCGGCACACGAUUAGUCGAUAUUCAAACGUCAUGCAAGAAUGCCGCGUGUCGCGAGCAACACAGGUCUUGUUGCUGCCCGCAUCAGGCCGGUCUCCAGACCGAAGAAGAAGCAAGUGAAUCUCUCCGGAUCGACGAAACCGGCACCGUUUGUUCUGCGACCGUUCUCGGGACUUUUCAAUCCUUAUCCUUACGGAUGUUCCGUUCUCUGUAACCACCCCGCGGACGGCGAAGCUAAGGAUGUGGUACGCCGCGCCAAAGAUUGCUGGGCGACCGAGGGAAAAGCGCUGCUAUUGCCGGCGGAAAUGGAGCUGAUCCGGGCGACCCUUUUGGCCGGGGGUCGUCCAGGACGCGCUCGUCCCGGGAACGGCAUGGGAGAUGGCUCUGCAGCUGGACCAGAGGCUACCGCAGUCCCAGAAGAGCUCUUCCGGAGGUAUACGGAUACGGAUUCGCGCCCAUUGACUCCGGCACCCACGGUGGCCAGUGGUCCGGCUCUCCACGUGACCGCGCCCGACCCCCCAGCGGUGAACCCUCGGGAGCGAACGACCCUCGUCUUGGAUCUCAGGGCGAAUUCGCAGGACCAGGACAUAGAAACUCUGAGCUGGCACGCGUUGAGCUUGGAACCUUUGCCGAGUCCACGAAGAAGUGAAAUCUUCGUACCCAGACCGACAAUGUUGUUACCCUUGAAUGUAACGCCAUCCGUUCCGGCGCCACCCCCACCUACUGUGAAUGUCAGCAACGCGAGCACGCCGAAAAACAUUGCUGCUGCAGCAGACGUGGAUAGCGAGAGCGACGAAACGCCUAUGAGGAGACGCGGUAAAAGAUUGCGGAAAAGGAAAUGCCGUCGCGGAUCCACUUACGGACAGCAAACGGAAGUCAGAGAUCCUCCGGAGCCUCUGGAAACGCAGGUGUCUCAGGUUGAGACUGGUUACAAGAAUAAUUCAUCAAGACCUUCUCUCGCUGACGGGACGGUGAUCUUACCGUCGAGCGAAGUACCCAUACCUCUUCCAGCUGAUCGUGUUUUACCGAAUAGUUUUAUCGACGCAGAUAUCCUCAAGCAUCUUGGCAGACAGUUGGAUCGCGACACCGUCGAAGGGGAAUUUUCAACGAAGCGGAGAAUAGCCCUAGAAGAAGCUCUAAGAGUGAAGACCGAACUUUACGGUGAAAAAGAAAACAAAGAAAAAUGUCCCGAGCCGGCUGCCUCGUCUUUGAAUGUACCGAGAGUAUUUUCGCGACAAAGUUCUCGCUUUGAAAUUCCAUUGGACAGUCGAACGCUCGGUGAAAUGUCAUCCCUGGAUUACCUGAGUCGGCACGUAUUCGUCACCCCCGGAAGAAAAUUGAUAUUCAGACGAGCUUUCAACAGGUACUUCGAGGAAGACGAAAACGGGGUGAAACACAUGCUGCCGGAUAAUAUUCCCGUCGCCCUGGAAGAAGUGAUGGGAAGAUCGUUAGCGGAGGAUCAAUCUUUGAAGUUCAAAAAUACGGUCGGAGACAUUACGGUUCCUGUCGACUUCAGGACUUGGUGCGGGAUAUGCGCUGCCGCUGAAAGAUUGCUGGCUCCUCUUCCACCCCGAGAUACGGAUCCUCCGACUUGGAUCGAACGCGUGGAUCUCGAGGGCCUUGAACGAAGACUUAAAUCCGUUGACCCCGAUCCCAAAUUAGCCUCACUACUUACGGAGAUUCGGGAUCGCUGAUUUAUGAAAACUUUGAAUGAAGUUUGGUUCGAGUUUAUGUACUGUAUAAGGUAUGACAAAUAGUUGAUUUAAUAAAUACGCAACGUCUAUUGAA